GACAGGUUUUGAUUAAAACAUUAUUCAUUAACGUUGACUUUGCUUCUGCAGACUCUAAGAGCUUCUUCUUCGCAUGACUUAUUGGGAGUGACGGUUGUCCGGGAGGGUCACUUUUUUUGUGAGGAUGGACGUGCAAGAUUAUGAUGAAUUGACUGCCUUCCUAGGGUCGUGGGGUCCCUUCCAGAAAACAAUAUUCUUCUUGCUGAGUGUCAUCAUCAUCCCGAACGGUUACACUGGUCUGUGUAUGGUGUUCGUGGGAGACACCCCGCAGCACCACUGCCGCCUGCCCGACUCUCCAAAUAGCACCUUCGAAGAAAGUAAGCUUUCUAUGAACCUGAGUCUACGGAUCCCUAUUGAAGAAAGGGAUGGUGAGCAAGUGUACAGUAGGUGCACCAAGUUCAAAACUAUUGUAGGAGACCGCUCCAGUGACACAGCCCGGGAAAUAGAGCCAUGUAGUGACGGCUGGGUAUACAGUACAGACAGGUACAUCUCUACUAUUGUCAGUGAGUGGAAUCUUGUUUGUGAUGAUAACUGGAAAGGACCAUUCACAGUAUCAGUACUUUUCUUGGGCAUGCUGUGUGGAUCAUUCAUCUCUGGACAAAUUUCAGACAGGUACGGGCGAAAACUCAUUCUGUUUGUAUCCAUGACUGUGCACACUGCCUCCAGCCUUCUCCUCGUGACCUCUCAGAGCUGGGAGAUGUUUGCUACCUUGUUCUUCAUUGUUGGCCUUGCCCAAAUUGCACGGUACAUAGUGAUGUUCAUUUUGGGAAGUGAACUUCUUGGCAAAGCUGAAAGGAUAGCUUUUGGAACCGUUGGCGUCUGCCUCUUUUAUGCAGUAGGUUAUGUUGUUCUACCGAUUUUUGCCUAUUUUAUCCGGGACUGGCGGAUGUUAUUGAUCGCUUUAUCACUUCCACAAAUCCUUUAUAUCCCUCUUUGGUGGUUCAUACCAGAAUCUCCGAGAUGGCUGCUCUCUCAGGGUCGAGUGGAAGAGGCAAUAGUGAUUUUAAAAGCUGCUGCUAAAAGGAAUGGCAUUACGACAACAGCUGAGAUGUUUGAGAAUAUAGGAGAGCGAGAAUCAAUUCUGCCCGAUGAAAAUACACAUGCAGUCACUUACUUGGAUUUGGUUAGGACUGCCAAUAUCAGAAACAUCACCAUAUUUGCGGUCCUUGUGUGGAUGAUUUCCUCUGUGGGCUACUUUGGGUUAUCGUUCAAUACGCCCAAUAUGCACGGAGACCCCUACAUCAACUGCUUUAUCUCUGCAGCGACUGAAAUAGCAUCCUACGUGACAGCGUGGAUAUUGCUGCAUGUAUCACCUCGUCGGAUCUCCCUUGCUUGCAUUGUGGUGUGUAGUGGAGUUAUGCUGCUGUUGAUCCAGGUCAUACCUUCACGUCACUAUGUGGUUACCAUGGUAAUGGCAAUGGUUGGUAAAUUUGGAUAUGCAGCUGCAUUCUCUAUGGUUUAUGUUUUCUCAACUGAGCUGUACCCAACUGUGGUGAGGAAUAUGGGUGUUGCAGCUUGUUCCACGGCAGCCAUGAUUUCCACCAUAAUAUCCCCGUAUUUUGCUUACCUGGGGAUGCAUGAUAAAGUAUUGCCAUUCAUCUUAAUGGGAAGCCUAUCGAUAACGGCUGGAAUUUUCUGCUUGGUGCUGCCUGAAACAUACGGCCAACCUCUUCCGCAGACUAUUGAUCAAGUGCAACCAAUUCUCUGGUCGGAAGUCACAAGACACAAGGUUAUAAUCCAACAGGUUUAUUUGAAAUCACAAGGAGUGUGGCCCUUCAUCAGUUGUACAUCAUCAAGGGAAGAUAUUGCCACAGAGGCAGAAAAGGAUAAAAAUGCUGAAAACGAACAAACCGUGAACUGUCAAAUGGAAUCUAUCUGACUUUUGAUUUUGUAAAUUGCACGCCCUUCAGAAUUAUUGCUUGGGAGAAACAUCAAUAAAAUGGAAGGAUUUUAAUUGCCAAGCUCAGUAGCUCUGACACUGUUUGAGCUUUCGACCAGAUUUGUACAACUAAAUUAUUUGUGACAUUUCUCAAAUUUGUUCGGUUCUGCCUUUGUAGCUGAUGAAGUUUGCAAUUAUCUGGAACUCGUUUAGAAAGCCAGGACUAACACUUCAUGCACCAAAGAAUUUUCUCGAUAAUUUGGCUUAAUUAUGAGACUAUCAAGGUUUAGCUAUUUUAAAAUUCUCUUCUACUUUUUUCAAACUCCUCCACAGUUCUCCUUGCCUCGUCUUUAACCUCCACAGACUCUCCAGCUCUUCUGGACCUAGUCAAUUGUCUAUCACUAUCACCACUCAAUCAUUACCAUCUUUCACUUCAGCUCCCUUGAUCUGGGACUGUCUUCUCAAGUCACACUACCUCUCAUACCUCUUCUACCAACCCUAUUGGUGACUUGUUCUGGUCUCUCUCUAAUGGCUUGAUGUCACGUUUUCUUUGAUAAUGCAUCUGUGAUGCUGCCUGAGAUGUUCUGUUAUGUUAAUUGCUCUAUAUGGUUGUAAAUCAUGGUUGUUCUGGUCACCGUUACAUAAACCUUUCCUCACCAUAUCCUUUAAUUCCUUUUCUGUCCUGAAAUGCUUGAACCUGCUUUUGUGGUUCCCUUCGGUGGCACUCUGAAAGGUUAAAAUUGACUGCAGAUCCAGAUCCAAUAUCAGAAUACCAUUGAAGUCUCAGUAGCAAAUCUACCGCAUGUGGUAAAUUCUGGGUAAUGUAUGUAAGUAGGGAAAAUUAUCAGGAUUUGCCUGUUAUUGCUGCAAGUUAAAUGGCGCUGUAACAGUUCUAGUCUAGUUUCAUAUGUUCCAACUCCAUUAGAUAAACCAUCGCAAUUGCUGAUGAGUCUGCAAUGAUGCAAUGCUGGGAAGUUUUAUCAUUCACAUUAAAGCUGGAGAUUCAUUAUUUGAUACUUUCACACAACCCAAUCUAAAUGCUACUGUGUUACACCAUUAAAAAAGCUUUAACCUAUUACAACAAAACAUAACCUCCAAGUAUACACCAUGUGUUGAAGUUGUGAAGGUGCUUAUUAUACUGACAGUCAAACUAGCGGUGACAGUGCUCUGGGAUACUUCAGACUGGAGGCAGUGACCCACAGUGUGUCCCAAGGAUUGGUACUGGGUCCACUACUUUUUGUAAUUUAUAUGAACAAUUUGGAUGUGAAUAUAGGAGGAAUGGUUAGUAAGUUUGCAGAUGACACCAAACUUGGUGGUGUAGUGGACAGUGAAUAAGGUUAACUUGGACUACACCGGGACAUUGAUCAGAUGGGCCGAUGGUACAAGGAGUGACAGAUGGAGUUUAACUUAUGAAAAUGUGAGGUGUUACAUUUUGGAAAGGCAAAUCAGGACAAGACUUAAAUACUUAAUGGUACGAUCCUGGGGAGUUUUGCAGAACAAAGAGACUUUGGAGUGCAGGUUCAUAGUUCCUUGAAGGUGGAGUUGCAUAUAGAUAGGAUGGUGAAGAAAGCGUUUGAUAUGCUUCCUUUUAUUGGCCAGUGCAUUGAGUGUAGGAGUUGGCAUAUA